AUGACGAGCCAGGCCCCUCACCCGGUUCCCCAGAUCGGCGCCGUUGCAGGUGGCUGGAGAGACGGUGUGGCUGCUCUACUGGUAGGCUGUGGCUGGUGCAGCGACUGGGUGUGGCUGAAGGGUCCCGUCUCCGAUACUGUGGCGCUGCUAGUGCAGGUGUGGCUACCUCUCACAGCUCCACCACCACGGCGCGACCUCGACGCGACACAAUGGAGCGCGAGCCUUGGCAGCACCAGUUCGACGGCGCCCCGCGCGCGCGGCCGAAGCGUAUGUGACCCGCGCCGCGCAUGUACUCUACUAACAGACCCAGGCGCCGUGACCGACUACGGCGCGACGACGGUGCAGUGGAUGCGCAGCCGCCGCCCGCGCUACAAGCAUGCCGCCGCCCCCGAGAUGGAGCGCCCCAGCGCGAGCUAUAUCGUCGACAUGGCCCCGCCGGCCGCCCGCGUCGCCCGCGCCGCCGAGUCGAUCCCCGCAAAGGCCGUCCACUCGUCGCUCAACAAGGUCAAGCACCCCAUCAACGUCGUCAAGUGGACCCCCGAGGGCCGCCGCCUGCUGACGGGCUCGACCAGCGGCGAGUUCACGCUGUGGAACGGCAUGGGCUUCAACUUCGAGACGAUUAUGCAGGCCCACGAGGCCGCCAUCCGCUGCGUCGAGUACACCCACACCGACGACUGGCUGCUGUCGGCCGACCAGACGGGCGUCGUCAAGUACUGGCAGACCAACUUCAACAACGUCAAGGAGAUGCAGGCCCACGCCGAGGCUGUGCGUGGCCUGGCCAUCGCCCCGACCGACUCCAAGUUCGUGACGUGCGCCGACGACACCACGCUGAAGAUCUGGGACUUUGCCUCCAGCCAGGAGGAGCUGACGCUGACGGGGCACGGCUGGGAGGUCAAGUCGGUCGACUGGCACCCGCACAAGGGGCUGCUGGUGUCGGGGUCCAAGGACCACCAGGUCAAGUUCUGGGACCCGCGCACCGCCCGCUGUCUGACCACCCUGCAUGGCCAUAAGAACCCCAUCAGCAAGACCAUGUUCGAGCCCGCCCACGGCAACCUGCUGGCCACGUGCGCACGCGACCACACCGCCCGCAUCUUCGACCUGCGCAUGAUGCGCGACGUGCUGCUGCUGCGUGGCCACGAAAAGGACAUCAUCACCAUGGCCUGGCACCCCAUGCACAAGAACCUGCUGUCGACCGGCGGCGUCGACGGCAGCAUCCACCACUACCUGCUGGACGAGCAGAACGCCCCCGCCGGCACCCUGCCCACCCUCUCCCCCUACGACUCGCCCGACCCGGCCAACGCCCCCGCCCAGCCCAUCUACCCCGCCCACAGCAUCCAGUACGCCCACGACUUCACCGUGUGGACCCUCGACUGGCACCCGCUGGGCCACAUCCUGGCCUCGGGCUCCAACGACCGCGUCACCCGCUUCUGGACCCGCCCGCGGCCCGGCGACACAAAGUACCCCGAGGACCGCUACCACAUCGGCCAGGACGCCGCCGAGCGCAACGGCACCUUCGACCGCAGCCACGGCCGCCGCCAGCGCGCCGAGGAGGAGGAGCAGGAAGCCGAGGACGAAGCCGAGGGCCUCGUCGACCAGAAACUCCCCGCCAAGCUGCCGCACAUGCAGCACCCCCCCUUCCUGCCCCCGGGCCUGUCGCUGCCCGGCCUCGCCCCAGACUCAGGAUCCCUCCCGGGCCUCGCACACCCCGCGCCGCCCUUCCCGCCCGGGCCCCCGCCGCCCUUCACAAUGCCCGGUGCUGGACAGGGGCAGGGGCAGGAGGGCUGGGAGCGCAAGAGGGCGCCGUUGCCGGAUCAGGGGGAUGCGCUGCAGGCGGAGAUGCGGCAGGGGCGGUAUCGGAAGGCAAGGUAG